CGGCCCGGGAACGGCACCGGGACUAGGACCGGGGACGGCACCGGGAUCGGGACGGGGAGCUUCACCGGGAACGGGACCGGGAUCGGGAGGGGAACAGACACCGGGAGCGACACCGGGAGCGGCCCCACAAUGGGCGGGUGGCGGGACAUGUCCGCGGAGGCGCUGGAGGACCAUUACUCCCCCAGUCGCUGGUCCCCCCGCCUGGACCGGGACACCAUCAUCGACGCGCACCUGGCGGUGACGGCGGCAGGAACCGAGCGGGCCCGGGCCAGCGGGCAGACCCUGCUGCACGUGCCCUACGGCGACGGGGACCGGGAGAAGCUGGACAUCUACUUUCCCACGGAGCCUUCCGAAGCCUUCCCGGCGCUGGUCUACAUCCACGGCGGGUACUGGCAGUGCCUGAGUAAGGACGACUCGGGGUUUGCAGCCCCGCCGCUGGUGUCGCAGGGGGUGGCAGUGGUGGCGGUGGGCUACGACAUCGCCCCCAAGGGCCACAUGGACACCAUGGUGCUGCAGGUGCGCCGCAGCCUCGCCUUCCUGGUGCAGCACUACCCCAGGAUCAGGGGCAUUUACCUGUGCGGACACUCGGCAGGGGCCCACCUGGCAGCCAUGGUGCUGUCCACAGACUGGACGGAAUUCCAAGUGGUGCCAGAUAUCAAAGGAGCGGUGCUGGUGAGCGGCCUGUAUGACCUGGAGCCCAUCCUGCACACCUACGUGAACGAUGCUCUGAGCAUGAGCCGGGAGGAGGCCCAGAGGAACAGCCCCAUGAGACUCGUCACCCCAGCCGUGCCACCAGCCUGUGAGGUGCUCGUGGCUGUGGCCCAGCAUGACUCCCCAGAGUUUCGCAGGCAGUCCCAGGAGUACAGCCAGGCCCUGCGUGCAGCAGGCUGGUCUGUCUCUGUGCUGGACCUGGCUGGUGUGGAUCACUUUGAUGUCAUUGAGAGGCUGUCAGAGGACAGCUAUGUCCUCACUCAGGUGGGCAGGAGGGCUGUGCCAGGGCGGAUCAGGUAGGCUGCCACCUCCCUGAGGAGAGGUGCAGGGUCAGGGGCUUUUCACAGGGUUUGGCUCCUCACCCCAGGUGAUUCUGAACAUGAUUUCAAGAGCAUGAUGGCACCUCAGCAGUAGAUGGGGACCAUGGCCCUGUGUGGUGGCAGUGGGCACCUGGCAUCCCCUGCCUGCUGCCCCCUCGGUCUAACACAGAGCCACAGCUGUCUCAGACCCACACUGUGCCCUCUCUGCUCAGCCCAGCCCAGGCUGGUGCCCCUUCCCUGCAGUGCCCCUGCCCACUGGGGCAGAGGGGACUGAGGGCUGCAAGGCUCUGACUGGGCAGCUGGACCAUGAACGUUGAUCCCUCAGUGUCCUUUAAACGGCACAUUGGCAAUACAAAUAAAAUGGGAAUUACUGCUGCCUGGGGUGGUGCUUCCCAGGGAGGCAGUGAGUGCA